UCGGACUCCAGGAGCGCCGGAUUACGCACUUCCUCCGGGGGUUGGGGCCGAAGCGCUGUGUGGCGAGUUCGAGUCCCGCCUCUUGACUUUCGCCCCAAGCCCCUGAGUCCAGGGCGGGGAGCAUUCGCUUGGUAACCUCUCCGCGGCCAGGGGCGGUGGCACACCUUGGGACUUCACCAUGGAGGACUACCUGCAGGGUUGUCGAGCUGCUCUGCAGGAGUCCCGGCCGCUACAUGUCGUUCUGGGCAAUGAAGCCUGUGACCUGGACUCCAUGGUGUCAGCCCUUGCCCUGGCUUUUUACCUGGCGAAGACAACAGAGACUGAGGAAGUCUUUGUGCCAGUUUUAAAUAUCACACGUUCUGAGCUACCUCUACGAGGUGACAACGUCUUCUUCCUUCAGAAGAUUAACAUUCCAGAGUCCCUCUUGAUUUUCCGGGAUGAAAUUGACCUCCACGCCUUGCACCAGGCUGGCCAGCUCACCCUUAUCCUUGUUGACCAUCAUGUCUUACCCAAAAGCGACGCAGCCCUGGAGGAGGCAGUAGCUGAGGUGCUAGACCAUCGGCCCAUCCAGCAGAAACAUUGCCCUCCCUGCCACGUUUCCGUCGAGCUGGUGGGAUCCUGUGCUACCCUGGUGACCGAGAGGAUCCUGCAGGGGGCGCCAGAGAUCCUGGACAGGCAAACCGCAGCCCUUUUGCACGGCACAAUCAUCCUGGACUGUGUCAAUAUGGACUUGAAAGUGGGAAAGGCAACCCCAAAGGACAGCAGAUACGUGGAGAAGCUGGAGGCCCUCUUCCCAGAUCUGCCCAAGAGAGAUGACAUCUUUGAUUGCCUACAGAAGGCAAAGUUUGACGUAUCAGGACUGACCACUGAGCAAAUGCUAAGAAAAGACCAGAAAAGCAUCUCCAGACAAGGCAUUAAGAUGGCCAUCAGCGCAAUAUAUAUGGAUUUGGAGGCCUUUCUGCAGAGGUCUGGCCUCAUCGCCGACCUCCAUGCUUUCUGCCAGGCGCACAGUUGCGAUGUCCUGGUCACCAUGACAAUCUUCUUCAAUGCUCACAACGAGCCAGUGCGGCAGCUAGCUAUUUUCUGUCCCCACACGGCGCUCCGGACGAUGAUCUGUGGAGUUCUGGAACGCUCCCACUCUCCAUCCCUGAAGCUGACACCUGCCCCAAGCACCCACCCUAACCUCCAAGCCUAUCUUCAGGGCAACACCCAGGUAUCUCGGAAGAAACUUCUGCCUCUGCUCCAGGAGGCCCUGUCAGCAUAUUUUGACUCCAUGAAGAUCCCUUCAGGGCCGCCUGAGACAGAGGGUGUGUGCAGGGAGCAGGUGGACAAGGAAUUGGACAGGGCAGGGAACUCCCUGGUUCCUGGACUGAGUCAAGAUGAGGAGGAGCCUCCACUGCCCCCCACACCCAUGAACAGCUUGGUGGAUGAGUGCCCCCUGGAUCAGGGGCUGCCUAAACUCUCAGCGGAGGCCAUCUUUGAGAAGUGCAGUCAGAUCUCACUAUCACAGUCGACCACUGCCUCACUGUCUCAGAAGUGACUGCUGGGAGGGGUCAGGAUGGUGAGAGAGGUUGCUCGAACCACCUCAGUUGCAUGUGUUGAGAUGUGUCGGCCGUUCUGUCUUCAUUGCUCCAGGAUCUGGUGUACUAUGUUCAUGAACCUGGGAGGAGAACAAAGUGAAAGAAAACAGCUGCUUUAGGGAUGGCUUUCUGCCUUUUCUCCAGAUCUCUACCCAUUAGACAGAUCAUAUUAUUUAAUUUAAUUCUCCAAAUCUGCACUGACUCCUCUAUUUCGCUUGCCGGGGGCACAAGGUAAUACCUGCAUAGUUCUAACAGAGUGGCACAAGAAAGUGUACCCCAGAAGUGCCCUCAGGAAGGCUCUUGAACAGAACCAGUGUCUCUCAUGGAACCAAACAAUCAUUGUCUCCUGGUAUUCAUUUAUUCUCUGAUUGAUUCAGGUAUUUAUUGGUUACUUACUUUAAGCUAGAGAGAAAAGGGAGUGUGCUUUGGAAACUAUUGAGGUUUUCAGCCUUCAGCAGAAUCUGGCUCCAUGAUUCCUCUUUCAGCCCCCAAUUAAGCGGUGGUGUCCAAGGCCGAGGUGGCUACGGUUGUAUUCUGAGCUUAUCAUGACUCUGUUAGGAUUAUUGGGAAGCAGUUAGGAAGCCAUUAUCUUAUGUCCUGGCCAGCUGGCCCGGCUCUCAGUUUCUUUGGGUCCCUCAGAGCCACAGGGACCCCAACAAGACCCAGGAGACCCCUGGUUCUUGAGAGUUCAGGAGACACGCAGGAAGGCCUUAAGACCAUAUAGGCAUUGUUCCCAAAAGACCGUAAAAGUGCAGUGAGAUCCCCGGCUCUAUGUCCUGGACCCGUCAGUUCCUUGUCCAUCUCGUUCUCUUCUCGUUCAUAUUGGAAGGGAACGUGGAGUCCUUAUACCGGCUGCCAUGGACUGUGUGUCUCUUGGUAAGGCCCUUCAUGUCUCUCGGUCUCAUUUUCCCCAUCGGUAAGACGAAGGGUCUGGACUGGAUGUUCUCUGGUUUUCUAUGAUCUGCCUCUUUUUGCCAUCCCUCUCUCCCCUGCUUCUCUGUGUAUAUAUAUAUAUAUAUUUUUUUUUUUUUCUUUAUUUCUGUUUUCCCUGGAGGAGCUCAGGGUGGCCGAAUCGUAUUUAUAUGUGAUUGUACCAAGGGACUCAGCCUCAUGUAGCAUGUAUAGGGGUGCAAUGCAUACCGUAGUGACCCGCAGAGAGCCCCCCCGACUUGUUCUGCAUGUGUAGAGUCUCCCUUUUGCCUUCAGACCCACCUGUCCCCCUUUCUCCCGCCCUGCAGCCCUGUUCCAUGCAAGUUGCCAGUGGUCCCACCAGACAGUGGGACGUGGGACGAUUCUGGCAUGACGUCUUCAGAAAGAGGGGGAUGGUAUGACUUCACUGUAGGGAUGAUGCCUGUAGCUGUGGGAAGGUAAAAAUCGUUGUGUGAUUUCCGAACCAAAGGAAUUUAUGUUUUGUAACUUGGGUACGUUCUUUUGCAUUUUGUUAAAAGUAUUAAAUACAGGGUUUUUUUUUCCUGUU